GCGUCUACUGAACAAGUUUUGUCUACAAUGGGCGGUAAAGCAAAAGUUGUUGUGCUUCCAACUUCAAAAGCCAUAAAAAUAUUAAAAUGGAAAGUUAAAGAAGGCUCAGUUAUCUCAGUAGGACGUAUUUUAUUGUAUUAUGAUAUUAAUUCCAAUUUUAACUCUCGCAUUCAGUUAAAAUUAAAAUCUACAAAUGUUGGAACUGUACGGAAACUAUUGGCAAAAGAAGGGGAGCUAGUCCAUCCUGGGGAAGGCCUGCUGGAGCUGGAGGAGUGCACGCACCCCACCGUCAUGAAGGACAUGUGCGCGGAGUGCGGGGCCGACCUACGGCAGGGGGACCAGACGCUGCUGCACGCCUCCGUGCCGAUGGUGCACAGCAUCCCGGAGCUCAAAGUCAGCCACGAGCAAGCCCAGCUGCUCGGCAAGGCGGACGAGGAGCGUCUGCUGCAGGACAGGAAGCUGGUGCUGCUGGUGGACCUGGACCAGACGCUCAUCCACACCACCAACGACAACAUCCCCGCCAACCUCAAGGACGUGUACCACUUCCAGCUAUACGGGCCGCAGUCGCCCUGGUACCACACGCGCCUCCGCCCGGGCACGCACAAGUUCCUGCGCGAGGUCAGCAAGUACUACGAGCUGCACAUCUGCACGUUCGGGGCGCGCAACUACGCGCACAUGAUCGCCCUGUUCCUGGACCCCGACGGCACCUACUUCUCCCACCGCAUCCUGUCCCGCGACGAGUGCUUCAACCCCUUCUCCAAGACCGCCAACCUCAAGGCCCUUUUCCCUUGCGGGGACAACAUGGUGUGCAUCAUCGACGACCGCGAAGACGUUUGGAACUACGCUCCGAACCUGAUACACGUGAAGCCGUACCACUUCUUCCAGCACACGGGUGACAUCAACGCCCCGCCCGGCCUGGCGAAGCAGGAGGAAGACGAAAUCACGGGCUUCGAUUUUUCGAAACUCGGUUCCGAGGAGAAGAAGGCCGUGAGCCCGGCGACGGAGGUGAACGGCAAGCCGGAGCCGAAGGAAGACGUGCAGAAGGCGGCCGCCGAGGAGGCUGAGGAGCCGUCGCAAGCGAACGGCGUGAGCGGGGACGGUGAAGCGGAGAGAAGUGACGCGGAGGAUCGGUGCGGGGGGGCGGGAGGGGACCUCGACGUGUCGGACGACGAGGGCAAGGACGACGGUGUGGAGAAGAAGUCUGGCGAGGUAGUGGACGAGACAGCCGGGCGGAGCGGUGAGGCCGAGUGCGGGGAUAGCCCCCUGGAGCGGGAGAAGGGGGUGGACCGGAACGGGGGCGACCAGGAGGCGGCCGCUGCGGGAACCGGCGGGGAGGAGACGAAGCAGGGCGCCGCGGACGAGGACGACCUCAUAGAAGUGGAGGACGGGGACGACUACCUUCUGUACCUGGAGGAGAUCCUGAAGAACGUGCACAGCGAGUUCUACAGGCUCAGAGUCGAGAGCAGCGUAGAGAACCCUGACCUCAAAACCAUCAUUCCAGAUGUCAGGAGCAAGGUGCUGGCCGGCACGAGCCUGGUGCUCAGCGGGCUGGUCCCCACGCACGUGACCCUGGAGAAGAGCCGCCCCUUCCUGGUGGCGCGCUCCCUGGGGGCGGAGGUGACCACGGACGUGACGCCCCGCACGACGCACCUCGUGGCCGUGAGGCCCGGCACGGCGAAGGUGAACUCGGCCCGGCGGGCCAGGAAGGUGCGCGUCGUCACGGCCGACUGGCUGUGGAGCUGCGCGGAGCGCUGGGAGCGCGUGGACGAGCGGCUCUUCCCGCUGAACCGCAAGGGCCUGGCCAGGAGGCACCCCCCGCCGCACUGCGUCAGCCCCGAGCUGCGGUCCUCCUCCGGCCGGCCGGCCGCCAGGCAGCGGACGCCGAGCGGGCGCUUCAUGGACACCAUCAACCCGCUCAUGUCCUUCUCCCCGGAGGACAUAGCCAACAUGGACCGGGAGGUGGAAGACAUCUUCAACGAGUCGGGCAGCGACGGCAACGACGCGGAGACGGAGGUGUUGGCACCAGCGUCUGCGCCGGCCGAGCUGCGCGACGACCCGGACAGCAGCACCGACUCUUCCGACUCGCUCGCGGGAGAGCACCCGCGCGGCUGGCGCACGCCGGUCGGGCGCAAGCGGCCGGCCAGGGAGAUGGCGACGGAGUCGGACGACGAGGAGGAGGAGUCGCCGAGCGCGAAGUUCCGGCGCGGGGAGGCGCUGCCCAGCGACCUGGACCUCGGCACGGAGGAGAACAGCGAGGGCAGCGAGGGGCCGCUGGACAGCGGGGACGACGGCGAGUGGAACAUGAUGGGGGCCGCGCUGGAGCGCGAGUUCCUGUCGGGCAGCGACUGACUCGAGUGCUCGCGCGAGCGUGGCGGGGACCUGCCGUCGUCGGUGGGGUUCGCAAAGUAUUUCAAACGAUACUUGCAGUGUGGCAAAAUGUGACGGUUUCUUGUUCAACCCGGGGAAAAAAAAAAAAAAUAUCACAAAGUUGUUAAAAUGCAUGGACUUUAGAAAGUUUGCAAUAUCCCAAACAACCCAAUUCAUAUUUAUUUGUAUCAGCUCAAGGUUACGUUUUUUUUUUUUUACUGCACUUUUUAUUUUUUACCAGAGAUUUUGAUUAGUUGUUACUGCCAGAUAUUUUGUGUACUAGUACUAAUUAACAAUGUAAAUAUUGUAUGUAGAAUCUUUGUCAUAUUGGCAAUACUGUUCUACUAAGCGGAUUAUUUUUUAGCUAAUUUAUUGGAAGUCACCUUCCUCGUGUACAAAAUUUUGUUACAGCUUGCAGAAGUUAGUGUAUAAUUUGUGCAAAUUGUUUAUUGAGUCAGUUUUGUCAUAUUGGUGAAACUAUUCAUGUAUUCAAGGAAGCAAAUAUGUUUAGAAUUUUUUUUUUACAUUAUUUUAUAAAAUUUGCUAUUAUAUAAAAAAAAAAUUCUGAAAGCUAAUAUUAAAUUUCUGGAUGGAUUUUACUAAUUAAUUUGUGAUCCAUUCCCAAGAAUGGAGAACUCUUAAGUGAAUAUUUACCUAUGUUUUUUUUGGUCUAUGCACAAAAAAAAAAGUGUAGUUGCUGAGUGUUCAACCUACAGUUGAUGUAAUUGUCGAAUACCGUACUUGCAGUGUGAAAUCAACUUUAGGUAAAGCUGUGAACUAUCCAAAAUUUUUAAAAGAAACAGCAAUUUGAAUCUUGUAGCAGAGAUUUCUCUGUCAGUACAAAGUGAAAAUUCUUAUCAUCCAUGCAAGGUUCGGAUAGAUAAUGUUCCCUGGUAAAAAAAAAUUAUUUCUGAGUCUGUGAAUUGUGUACCUGGUGUUCUGAAGUUUUAGCUGAAGGAGAGUAGGAGUUAGAAAUGAAUGGCAUGUUGGCCAUUUCAAACACUGUUAAAUAAAAUAAGAUAUUAAAUUA